AUGUGCCAAAGGCUGGAGGACUGGAGGCUAAUGGGCUACCGCUGCAGCCAGUUCCUGACAAUGAUCAUGGACUUAGCUCCGCACAGGCAUGAAUUCUACAGAGAUGCUGCUGUUGUUGCACGCGUGGCGGUGCGCGCUGCGCCUUUGUUUUUGGAGCACUGGAUCCGUCUUGGUAUUGUGCUCGCACACCCAUCCUUAAAGAUGCCCAGAGAGGCCAUGGCGCUGGUCAGACAGGCGAUGAUCCUGAACAACACGCACAACUGCCUACUAGGCCUGAAGCGCAUGCUGUCGCAGACCUUGGGCGAAGCAGGCGAUCACAUGCCUGCAAGCGGAGACCUGCUGGAACGCGCGCUCGGUGGGGCCAAUGCUACGAGGCAGGCAACAGCAAACAGCAGAGAGGCAGCGCUCUGGGGCCACAAGAUGCGCCAUGCGCAGAAGCGCUGCAAAUCCCCAGAGGCAGCAGCAAGCGAGGAAGGCUUCAAGUCCUGGCUCCGCUACGGAGCCCUGUUGCGCAGCAGAGGCUGGCUCAUGGCCGCGCUGGGUGUGUGCAUGCACUUGGAGGAGCUUUACUUGACUGACGGACGGCCAGAAGCGCUGCGCGCGCCGGGCGAGGCUGUACUUCAUGCGAGCGCCUGCCGAGGCCCCUUGGAGAGUCUGCUGUUUCACUCCCAUGCUGGUUUCUGGGGUGCCAAUUGGCAGGGGUCAGACUUUGAGCGCCGGGCGCCAUCGGCGCAGAAGCUGCUCUCUGAGGAGUGGCUGCAAGCGCAGGAGGCCACCACCUAUGACAACGGUCAAGACUUCAUCGCUGCGCACAUGCAGAGCUUGGCCCUUCGCUACUCCUCCGCGUACCGAGCGAUGAUCGUUUCAGGAACUGCAGCGGAA